UGCAAAAGUUGCCGAGGGUUUCUGGGUCACCUUAAGGGUCCCUGCCAAUUUUGCUUCCACGCCAGAGCCCGAUCACCAUGGCAACUGGACAGAAGUUGAUGAGAGCUGUUAGAGUUUUUGAAUUCGGUGGACCAGAAGUGCUGAAACUCCAGUCGGAUGUUGCAGCUCCGAUUCCAAAAGACUUUCAGGUUCUAAUCAAGGUCCACGCGUGUGGUGUCAACCCCGUGGAGACGUACAUUCGCUCUGGAACUUACAGUAGAAAACCACUCCUGCCCUACACUCCGGGCUCAGAUGUGGCUGGUGUCGUAGAAGCUGUUGGAGGUAACGUCUCUGCUUUCAAGAAAGGUGACAGAGUUUUCACUACCAGCACGAUUUCGGGGGGCUAUGCAGAGUAUGCACUUGCCACAGAUCACACUGUCUACAAACUGCCCGAAAAACUGGACUUCAGACAAGGAGCUGCUAUUGGAAUCCCGUAUUUUACCGCUUAUCGAGCUCUGAUCCACAGUGCCCGUGCAAAAGCUGGAGAGACUGUUCUGGUUCAUGGGGCAAGUGGAGGAGUUGGAAUAGCAGCAUGCCAAAUUGCACGAGCUUAUGGCUUAAAGGUUUUGGGCACAGCUGGUACCGAGGAGGGACAAAAAAUUGUUCUACAGAAUGGAGCCCAUGAAGUGUUCAAUCACAGAGAAGUUAAUUAUAUUGAUAAAAUUAAGAAGUUUGUCGGUGAGAAAGGAAUUGAUGUGAUUAUCGAAAUGUUGGCUAAUGUAAAUCUUAGCAAGGAUUUGAAUCUUCUGUCUUAUGGGGGACGAGUAAUGGUUGUUGGCAACAGGGGAACUAUUGAAAUAAACCCACGGGACACCAUGGCAAAGGAGUCGAGUAUAAUAGGAGUUGCUCUCUAUUCCUCAACCAAGGAGGAAUUUCAGCAAUUUGCAGCAGCUCUUCAAGCUGGAAUGGAAGUUGGUUGGUUGAAACCUGUAAUAGGCCCUCAGUAUCCAUUGGAGAAGGUGGCCCAAGCUCAUCAAAGUAUCAUUCAGGGCAGUGGGGCCACUGGGAAAAUGAUUCUUGUCUUAUGAUGAUCAGUUCUUUCACGGAUUUCCUGUGUAAUUAGAGGUUAUCUUCCCCCUAGUUUUACUUACACUCUUAUUUCUUUAAUUAACAUUCCUUUGAUUGUGAGUUUCUUAUGUGAAAAAACAAGAUUUUUCUUUAGAGAUCAGAGGUAGUGGAAUAAAGUUUAUUUUAUAGCUGGCAGUAUUUUUUAUGCCUUCCAUCUCAAAGCAGGGAGUCAGCAUAGAAGGAAACAGCUUGUUAGAGGUCAGUUGGCGUUGGGGUGCAUUCAGAAAUUCUGAUACUUGAUUGCUUCCAUACCUUUCAUUACAACAUGCUAAUUCAAAAUAAGACUGAUUGAUUUCCGAGGAUUUCUAAGCUUCUCUCUAUAAAGGCUCGUUAGUCUCUGAUUAGCCUUAGCCAUAUUGGACCUCAGAGAUUUUCUGGACUAAAAAGGACCCCUUUUUUAAAAUUAAUUUUAUCUGGAUCUAUAAGACUCUUGUAAUGGCAAGAAUAAACUAUGUCUGGGGAAAUUUGUUAGAUUUUCCAGUAUUUUCCAAAAUAUUAGAAUAUUCAGGACAUUUCUGUUUGAUUGCCAGUGACCCCCUAUGUCCUAUCAGGACGGCAGCCUUGUCUUUGGUAUCAUGUGAUACUAGGCACGCAGUCUCCAGAUAGAUAAUCCUUCUUGUCUGAUUAGAUUUUCAGAGUAGAUUUAGUGUUAUCUAUUUGUGAGACAGGGAUCAUAUAUUCAAAUUAAUAAGCUCACAAAUUUGACACAUUUAGAAUGGUCGGUUUUUGUUUUCAUAUCGUGGUGACCUGC